AUAUGAUAUACGUUCUCUGUUGACAGCUGAAACAGCUGACAAUAGCGUUAAGUCUCGCAUCCAACUUCAUCACAAAUGUUGGCGCGCUUUUUGUUUUCAUUCGCGCACGAUUUGACAUUUUAAAGCCGUGUUUUUGAGAAUUUUGUAAUUAAUUUCAGUGUUUUCAUAAAUUUUAGUAUUUUCACCAAAUAUUAAGGUAUGCAAAGUCCGGCAGUCACAACGCCCGCUACGAGCAAACGAGAGGGCGGUACUGCGAGAAAAUCAAGCGGAAAGAAGCUUGUGCAGGCACGGCUACCGUUCAAAAUAAUUCCAACUGGAACUCCCACUGCCACUGCAAGUUCAAUUUCAACCAAGGAUAUAGAUGAGAAAGCAAAAGAUGGUAGAAAACGCAAGUUAUCAUUUGAAGACGAGGAAAGUGAAAAAGCUGAUUCUGCGGCAACUGAUGAAUUGCGUGGACGAUCUGCUAGCAAAGAGAACUUGACUGUGAGCACAAAAAAGUUGAAAACUGAUGAGCAAGAUGAUGUUAUACUAUUAGAUGAUGAUGCUAUCUUGGAAGAUGAUGAUGAUAAGGUUAAGGAUGCGGAAAGAACAGAGGAUGAAAAAAAUGCAAGUAGCAAUGAAAAGGUUGGAAAACAAGUCAAGAAAACUCCUGUCGCAACAAAAACUCCGAAAUCAACUAAACAAGCUAAAAACAAAGUAAGCAACGAUGUUAGUUCACCACACACGCCAAAACCGAGGGCCGCCACAGAGAAAGAUGCAAAUACACCAAAGAGUGCAAAAGCUAAAAACUCGAACACGCCCGGAAGUGCGAAAAAUAAAUCGACCAACACUAAAACAGGUGGUAGUGCAACAAAAGUACAAAUAAAAUUGCCACUCGGAAGUGCCAAGACAAACAAGCGAAGAAAAUCUAUGAUUACAGCAGACUCCAAAAAUGCAGAAGUUAUUAUAUCUAGUGAUGAAAAUGAAGAUAUUAGGGUAAAGCGGCAAAAAGUGGAGGGUUCGCCAAAUGAACCGAAAAAGGUAGACGAUUCUGAUAAGGUAUCCAGUACUAUGAUUGAUGAUUGCAGUAUCACAGAGUCGGAGGAAAACUCAAAUGUGCUGGUCGUGGAAAUCGGGGGAAAUGAAACUGACCUGCCAGAUUCAGAGUUGGACAGCAGAAGUAGCUCUGAGACUGUUAAGUCAAAAGAUACUACAUCGGAACAUUCUUCAAAAAUCCAGAAGUCCACUACUAUAAUUAAUAAAACUAAUGAUUCGCCAAAGCUAAAACCAAUAACUGCAAAAUCCAACGAAACGAUUAAAAAACAGAUUAAACAUUCUUCUCCAACAAAGCUUGAUGAUGUUGAACUUAUUUCGACUGAAAAGGAUCCAAUUGUGAUUACAGAAUCACCAACGAAAGGUAAUGAAACAAUUGUUAAAAGAUCUAGUAAACCACAAAUUACAGAAGGAAACAAAUCACCACAAGCAAAGCCGAUUAAAGCAGGUAACAAUAAAAAGGCUAAAAAAACACCUGAGCAAAAGCCUAAAACACCAACCAGAGCAACUAGAGCAAAUAAGGAUAAAAAGUCUGUAGAAACCCCAACCACAUCCGAAAAAGGAAAAGUUAGCACAAAUAAGAAAUCCCCGUUUAAAGUCAAUGAGAUUGAAGAUAAUGAAAGUGUUGCAGAAAUUUCAGUGGUUAUAAAUAGUACUUCGGAUUCCGAAAGUGCAACUUCUAACAAUGAUGAAAGCAGGUCUUUUGCUGAGGAAAGCACACCAAGAGUUGCGGCUACACCAAAAAUAGCCAAUGACGAAGCACAUGCAACGAAGAAAAAUCUUACACCGAAACAGGUACAGUUAAUAGAACAAAGGCGUAAGGCACGUGAAGAGAAGGAGCGUCGUUUGCAGGAGGAAAAAUUGCAAAAGCAGCGGGAUAAGGAGGCUAAGGAAUUGUCAAAGAAGCGCGAGCGGGAGGAACGUGAGGAGCAACGCCGUAAAGAACGUGAGGAGAAAGACGAACAGAAACGCAAAGAACGUGAGGAACGUGACGAGCAGAAGCGUAAAGAACGUGAGGAAAAAGAACGGAAGCGACUGGCCGAACAGGAAGUGAAGAAUGAAGAAAAGCGAAAACGCAAUGAAGCAAAAGAGGAAGAAUUACGUAAAAAAGAAGAGGAGCGAAAGCGUAAAGAAGGUGCGGAUUUGAAAGCUAAGAAAGAAGCGGAAGCUUUUCAAAAGUUCUUCAAAGCCAAACGCGCAGCAAAUGCCGAUGGCGAAGCUGGACAACAACAAGCACAACAGAAUGACGAUAAUGAACCUGAAAUUCUAGCUUUCCGCCCAUUUGAGGUCAAAGGUGACAUGAAAUUGGCGCCAAUCCGUCGAAAACAGCUUACCGCUCCCUGUAGAGAACAGCUUGAGACUUUUAUGGCAGAUGUGCCACCAAAAACUACUAAUUUAUAUCUGGAGGAACUUAAGAGUGGCAAAAUAAUACCAGGCAUAUGGAGGCGCAUAUCAGUAGAUACGAAAAUAUCCGAAGACGACGUUCAAAUCAUAGAUGACGAGCUGGAUCGCGCAGGGCAAGCAAUUGUGGAAGAGACGCACGCACCAAUCGAACAUUUCCGAGCCAAAUUUUAUAAAUUCCAUGAAAAUCGUAGACCUCCAUUUUAUGGCACAUGGAGAAAACGAACAAAUGUGAUAAAGCCAAGGCGACCUUUCGUGCAAGAUGCGAAAUUUUUCGACUACGAAGUCGAUUCUGAUCUCGAGUGGGAAGAAGAGGAGCCUGGCGAAUCGCUGGACGGCAGUGAUGAUGAGAAAGAAAAAGAGUCAGAAGACGAUGACUACGAGGUCGACAACGAAUGGUUUGUGCCACAUGGUCAUCUCAGUGACGAAGAGCUGCAAAAUGAGGAUGAGGUACUCGACGCCAACACACGUGAAGCGCAAAAGGCAAAACUACAAGUGCUGCAGCAGGAGUUUGCACAAGAGAUGAAAAAGAAAACUGAGAAAAUUAAACCACGUCUCAUCGGCUGCAUUUGGACAGAUGAAAAUGGCAAUCAACCCGCUUUAUGUCCGAAAAUCAUCUGGGAUACUUUAAAUAUGCGUGCAAUGUUAUUCGAAGCUCCACCGCUGCUGGAGGACCCCGAAGUGGCGGAAAAGAGUGAACUUGGUUCGCCAACAAACAAUGAGAAAACGGUUGAGAAAGUGAAACCAAUUAAAAUAACCGAGCGUAUGCUGAAUGAUCUGGUGCGCUUGGUACAUGGAAAUCAGCAUUCUAAAAACUUUUUAAUAAAAGAAUUCAUCGCCUACUUGGAAGCCAGCGAGGAAUCCAUUAAAAAUGGCGAAGUACGUGGUCCUAUCAAAUCAAUAGUGCGAGAGAAAAUCGAUGAUUUCGCCGAAUGGACAAUAACCGAAUCGACUAAGGCGGAACAAAAUAAUAAAAAGAAAAAUAAAAAACGCCUCUGCUGGGUGGUAUCUGCUGACGUAUUAAAGAAAAUGGGCCUGGAAGAUUUGGGAUUACAUAAUACGUGGAAAUAUACACUGCAACCGAGAUCCAGUAAGGACGAGACGACAAAAGCCGAAGCUAAAGUUGCCACAGAAACCGAAGCAAAGGCAAUAACUGAAAUUGCUGGCGAUGUUGAAAACCCAAAUGAUGCCGUGUCAAAGACAAGCGACAAGAAACAAACUAAAAAGGAAAAAGCAAAAAGUAUUCAAGCAAAAGAAAAAAAGGUUAAAACAAAAUCAGAAAUAACAAAAUUCACAAAAGUGCAGCCGCCGAAGGCAAGUGAACCCAAAUCGCCGAAAGCCACCUUGACACCAGCAACGAAAGAAGAUGCGAAUGCGUCUUCCGUUGAAUGUAACGAAUCGUCGACAGCCGCAGUAACGUCACCAGCCACCACUAAGCCGACAGCAAAUGUUAAAAAGCGUGUACCACUGUUAAUGUCCGUCGCGCGUGGUCAAAACAUACCGCAGCCCACAAAAAAUGCGCUUAUUAGCGAGUUUUUAAAGAAGUCCUCGGCUGAGAAAGUAACGCCAGCCAGCGAAACAGCUAAUGCUGCCACCACUUCCACUGCCAAAGAAGCCAGCGAAGUAGUGGAACUCGACUAAGCCGUUCUUAGUGUAUAAUUUAGUUAUAUAUAUAUAUAUAUAGUUUUAUAUUGUAGUACUCUCUCAUGUAUCGUUUACUACCAGCUAUCCCUUACCUACCUACCUACCUACGUACAUAUAUAUUAUAUUCAAUCACACGAAUAGUUAGUGUAAAAAUAAUAAAUAAUAUUUUUGUUAAGUAUUUAAAAGUCCUUAUUAACCAGCAUACGUGUUAAGUUCAUUGGCCAAGAAUGUUGGUAACUUAAGGCCGAAACAAGAAAUUAAUUGUUAAAUAACAUUUAUUAGGAUACUAAAAAAUAUUUUUAGUUUCAUGUAGACAUAUACAUAUAGACAUGGUCAAUUUAGAUCAAAUAUUGUAUUUUUUCCUAAUGCUGUUAAAAUAAAAUACAUGCUUGAUCAGUGGGUUUACAAGUUAAUUCGAAAAAAAAAAA